CACAACAUGUUUAUAUUCCCUUUUUUUUUCUCUUUUCAUUGAAAAAAAUAUCUUUGUAAGACUAUUAAUUCUUGUGCUACUGUUUGGCCAGAACUGUUUCGGUAUGGAUCUAGUAAGAAUUGUAAAUUUGGCAAGAAGAAAUGAAUUUAGAUUUAGGACAUCGUGAGUUAAUUUUAUCCAGUGAAAAAUGCACAGUUUCAAAAAUAGUGGGAUCAUGGGUGUAGUGGGAGAAAUAUUAGCAUUUUUAUUUUACAUAGAAAAAAAUCAGUUACUAUACAAAACUGUUUUUUUGGCACGAAAUACAAAACUGUUUUUCUUUUUAAGCAUUUACAGUUUUUCUUUUUUUUUGGCAUUUUUCUAUAUUUAUUUUAAUAUUUUCCACAUGUCAAAAAUUUAUUUGUUGAGUGACUUGUGCUUUAGUAUAUAAGGGAUAUGCUUGAAGUUGAAGUUUUAUUAAUCGAACUCAAAAUAAAUUUGCAUCAGAAAUAAUUUUUAAACAGAGAUCAAAUAUAUCUGAACUGAAAGUAUUAUAAACUGAAACCAAUCCAAGCAUAUACAUAAAUGAAACUUAAAAAUGGAACCGGAAAACCUGAGCUAAACCCGGAAACCAGGUGCUACAAAAGAAAAGAUUACAAACAAUUUUUUCUUUAUUUUUUAAUUGACUCCGUAGAGAGUUUGGGAAUUUAUUUUGUUACAAAAAGAAGAGGGAACUGCCACUGCCAGUGAAUUUAUUAUUCUUGUUGAAUUGACCCUGGAAGAGUACAUGAACCAAUGAACUUUGACAUUUGUUUGAGGAUAAAUCCACUUUCUCCACCAACCAUUAGCAUCACAAGUUAUGGAAUGUAUCACAUGAGGGUCCACAGGUGAUGCAACAAAACCGCGUCUUCUAUAGCAAAAAUCCAAACUCAUCCACUCUCUACUACUUCCUUUUCUUCACUACACUUCUUUUCAAUAUUAAACACACAAUCCAGAUUCUGACUCCUCCCUUUAGAUUCUCAUUAUUAUAAUCAUGAUAUUACUAUCUAAGUGAAUCUACAGUAUCUCCAUUUGAGAUAUAACACUUGUUAAACCCACACACCACCUCUGAAGUUUCCUGGAAGCUGCACUUACAGAAGCCUUGAGAUAUUAUUAUAAAACAUGUACACGCUUUAUCUGCUGUUUUGAUAUGAUACUAAUCCACACCUAUAAAUAUAACUGCAAACUUUGUUAACAUUCCAACAUCAUAAUCCAAGCAGACAAAUUACAAAAAAGGUAUAAACAUUUUGAGUCACAUCUUGCUUCUGUGUGUGUUAUGUCUGGUCUUAGUGAUUCCAUUAACAAUGGACGAUAUGAUGGUCAAGCUGGUAUGCCCUCUGUCUACAGGGGAGUCCGGAAGAGGAAAUGGGGCAAAUGGGUGUCUGAAAUCCGCCAACCGGGGACCAAGAACCGUAUCUGGCUAGGUAGCUUCGAGACUCCUGAAAUGGCUGCAACCGCCUAUGACGUUGCAGCAUUCCAUUUCAGGGGACGAGAGGCUCGUCUCAACUUCCCUGAGCUCGUCGGCAGCCUGCCACGUCCUGCAGACUCGAGCUCCGACAGCAUUCGCAUGGCGGCUCAUGAGGCAGCACUCUGUCUCAGAACAGAGCCGCUGGAGUCAGACAUGCAUGUGGACACUUCAAGCUCUUCUAACGGAGGUCCAACGAUGGUGAGGCUCUCCCCCAGAGAAAUUCAAGCGAUCAACGAGUCAACUUUGGGGUCUCCUACCAUGUUGAUGCAUUCAACAGAUGACUACUCAAUGGGGUUUGCUAAUUAUAUGGGGAUGAAUGUUUGGGAUACGUACCAUACUGACUCUCUUUGGGACGCUUAAAACCAGAAGAGUUUCACAGCUCAAUAUUGAGUUCAUAACAGCUUAAGUUACUAGCCUAGACUGCUUAAGUAUUAGGGUUUAGUUUCUAGAAUCAAGAACAAGGGUUGUUGAUUCUGACGUUAUAGCAAAGAAUAAAGUUUAUCUGAGUUAUGGAGGGAAGGACACUUGUAUUCUUCAAAAGGAACAGAUGAGCUUGAUGGGUCCCAGAUAUGGACCUCUUCACCAAUAGUUUCAAAUUAAAUAGUUUGUUACUAAUAUGACACAUAGCUUCUAUUUAAUAAGCUGUGUUAAAGAUUGUGAGGUGUGACUAAUUUUUUAUUUUUUAUUUAUUUUCAGUUGUUUAUUACCUCUUUUGCUUAUGCAAUUCAAUAUGAAUUGUAGUUUAGUAACCUGGAUUUGGUUUGGUAUAUGUAUGGAUUCCUGAAAACUAUACUAUAUUUUUUUACUCUAACUAAUCUUAUGAAAAGAAAAUCUACAUUUCA